UAAAAAGGAGGAGCAUAGGUUUAUGCAGGGUUUUAGCCAGGCGGCGUCACAGCCUCCCUUCUUCUUCCUCCUCUCAUUUCUUCGACCAGUCUCGCUCUUGAUUUCGAUUCCAUCCCAUCUUCUCUCACUCCAUCUCCUCAAUCUUGUUCUUCUUCUUGUUCGACCUGCUUUCAAAUUCGAUUCGUUCGACCCGAACAAGAGUUAAAACAGGAUGUGGAGGAACUUGGGCAGACGAGCUCCUUCCAGGAAAUUCAACUCCACUCCUGUCUCCGCUUCAUCGUUAGCUCCUAAAAGCUCCAAUUCCCCCGAUAAAUUCGCAUUCGAGGCUCAGAAGGGUCUGAAUUCAUGGCUCUCGUCGUCGCCGCUUCUGCCGCGGAUGGCGUGGCCGAUGCCUUUGCGGAGGGACGAUUUCGUAGCGCCUGAGCCUUUUGGUUGCUGGAGGAACUAUGCCGGUGCUGCGGAGGCGAUCGUCUCGACCACGGAGGAGGAGCUGUCGGGAUCAGAGGAAGUCCAGGAGCUGAUGGAGGAGAUGAAGAAGCACAUUGAGGUUGCUCCCGAUCUUCAGAGGUGGAUGCUGCCUCAGCCGCCGCCGCCGCCACCGCAGAAGAGGAUUGGCGGGAUGGCAAUGUCCAAGUACUUCAUGCUCAAGAGGAGGCAGAUCAAGAUGGAGACUGAGGCGUGGCAGGAAGCGGCGAGGGAGUAUCAGGAGCUCCUGACGGACAUGUGCGAGCAGAAGCUGGCGCCCAACCUGCCGUACGUGAAGUCUCUGUUCCUCGGUUGGUUCGAGCCCUUGAGGGAUGCGAUAGUGGCGGAGCAGGAGCUUUGUAGAAAAAAGAAGGUGAAGCCGUCUCAUGCUUCAUUUGUUGAUCAGUUGCCGGCAGAUAUGAUGGCUGUGAUCACGAUGCACAAGCUUAUGGGACUCUUGCUGUCUACCAAUGGAGGGAAUGGCAGCUGCAGGGUUGUUCUAGCUGCUUGCCAGAUUGGUGAAGCCCUUGAAAAUGAGGCUAUGCUACAAAAGUUUUUGGAGAAGACAAAGAAAAAGUCCACAAAAAGUAAGGAUCUUGAAGGUGAAUCUGAUCUUCAGACAUCUCAAGGUCAGCCUACUGAAGAACAGGAAAAGCUAAGAAAAAGGGUGUCUACUCUGAUGAAAAAGCAGAAGGUGUUGCAAGUAAGAGGGUUAGUGAAGGCACAGGAUGAGUCGAAGCCUUGGGGUCAGGAAAACCAUGUCAAGAUUGGCUGUCGUCUAAUUCAGUUAUUAUUGGAAACUGCAUAUAUACAACCACCAGUAGAUCAAUUAGGAGACGGGCCACCUGAUAUUCGUCCUGCAUUCACCCACGUCCUUAAGACGCUAACAAAAGAUGCUCAGAAAGGUACCAGGAGAUACGGAGUUAUUGAAUGUGACCCGCUGGUUCGUAGGGGUCUUGAGAUAAGUGCGAGGCAUAUGGUGAUUCCUUAUAUGCCGAUGUUGGUGCCGCCAGUACAAUGGACAGGUUAUGAUAAAGGAGCAUAUUUCUUUUUACCAUCGUAUGUUAUGCGUACACAUGGGGCGAGACAACAACGUGAAACUAUCAAGAGGACGCCAACAGAUCAGUUACAACGUGUUUUUGAGGCCCUGGAUACCCUUGGAAACACCAAAUGGAGAGUAAACAAAAGAGCACUUGCUGUCGUUGACAGGAUUUGGGCUAGUGGAGGUCAUGUGGGAGGCCUAGUUGACCGUGAAGAUGUUCCCUUGCCAGAAAAACCUGACACAGAUGAUGAAACAGUAUUGCGAAAGUGGAAAUGGAAAAUAAAAACCGUGAAAAAGGAAAACACCGAGAGACAUUCACAGCGAUGUGAUAUUGAGCUGAAAUUGGCGGUGGCACGCAAAAUGAAGGAUGAAGAGGGAUUCUUUUACCCGCACAGCCUUGAUUUCCGUGGUCGUGCAUACCCACUGCAUCCAUAUUUAAACCAUCUUGGCUCUGAUCUGUGUCGAGGCAUUCUUGAGUUUGCUGAGGGACGCCCUCUAGGAAAGUCUGGCUUACGCUGGCUAAAGAUUCAAUUGGCAAAUCUGUAUGCUGCUGGUGUGGACAAGCAGUCAUAUGAGGAUCGAAUUGCGUUCACUGAAAAGCAUUUAGAUGAGAUAUUUGAUUCUGCGGAUAGGCCUCUUGAAGGAAGACGUUGGUGGUUGAAAGCAGAGGACCCUUUUCAAUGCUUGGCAGUGUGUAUUAAUCUUACAGAAGCAUUACGAAGCUCCUCUCCUGAGGCAUAUCUUUCACAUAUGCCCAUUCACCAGGAUGGUUCAUGCAAUGGCUUGCAACAUUAUGCUGCACUUGGGAGGGAUAAGUUGGGAGCUGCUGCAGUGAACCUGGUCACUGGAGACAAACCUGCUGAUGUGUACUCAGAAAUUGCUUCCAGGGUUGUUGAUGUCAUGAAGAGGGAUGCGGAGAAAGACCCUGCAACAAAUCUAAAUGCCCGUCAUGCUAGGCGAUUAAUCAAUCAGGUAGACAGAAAAUUGGUAAAGCAGACUGUGAUGACUUCAGUUUAUGGAGUCACCUAUGUUGGUGCUCGUGACCAAAUCAAGAGGAGGUUGAGGGAACGCAACGCUAUUGCAGAUGAUGAUGAGCUGUUUGCUGCAUCUUGCUAUGUUGCAAAAACCACGCUGACUGCCUUGGGAGAGAUGUUUGAAGCUGCAAGAGGCAUUAUGGGCUGGUUGGGGGAAUGUGCUAAGGUAAUAGCCUCAGAAAAUAAGCCAGUGAGGUGGACCACUCCUCUGGGACUGCCUGUUGUACAACCCUAUAGACAGCUGGGAAGGCACUUGAUUAGAACUUCCCUCCAGGUGUUGACGCUACAAAGAGAAACUGAUCAGGUCAUGGUAAAGCGGCAGAGGACGGCCUUUCCUCCGAACUUUGUCCACUCCCUUGAUGGUUCGCACAUGAUGAUGACUGCUGUUGCAUGCAAAGAUGCUGGCUUAAACUUUGCAGGGGUCCAUGAUUCUUACUGGACGCACGCAUGCGAUGUGGAUGAAAUGAACAAGAUUCUGAGGGAGAAGUUUGUUGAACUGUAUGAGGCCCCUAUACUUGAGAAUUUGUUGGAGAGUUUUCAGAAGUCUUUUCCUGAAUCAUGUUUCCCUCCAUUACCUGAGAGAGGAGACUUUGAUCUAAAAGAGGUCCUGAAGUCCCCGUAUUUCUUCAACUAAAGCAAAGCACAUGUACUGGUAUCACUUGUUCUCAGCAACUGUGUCAUUCAAGCGAAGGUCACAGCAGUUUGGCAUUUGGUUAAAGGCCUGUGCUGCAAUUUCUUUGCACAUAAUUGAGGUGGUAGAGAGGCAAGGAGGCCAAAAUGUUCCCUCGUGAAGAAUGUACAUGAUGACUUCCUUGUAUAUAUGUCCAGGAAGAUACAGAUAAUGCGUGCGAAGGAUCUUCAAGUUUCCAGCUUGAGUUUUGAAGUUCACAUGUAUCCCUGUUGGACCUAAGGUUCUCGGAGGUUUGAGGGAUGCACGAUGAUGCAUAUACCCCAGGGGUUAUUGUUGAAGAACUCCAGCCUCCAGGGCCACUUUGACAUGCUUGGUCUGCAAUAAGAAUUCGUCGAAAUCAGUCAUGAGCAACUUCAAAGAAAGCUCAUACUUCUCAAAGAUGAUUGUGGUGUUGCAAAUGACAAGAAUUGAAUCAGAUGAAGACUUUGAUUGAAGGAUCCUACUGGUAUGUAAAAAUUGAUUACUUAUGGACGGUCCUAUACUUAUUUCCUGCAGAUGACGACGGAAAACAACUGAUGGAUUUCUCACCAAGUCGUAGGUGAUGUUUCAGAAGUUUUCAAUAGUGUACCAUUCUUUUAAUUGGAAACUAGCGUACGGACUUCGAUAGGUACCUGUAAUCUAUAUUCUUUGCGAACGUUCUAUUGCCUCUAGAUUUUGAUACGAGGCAAUUGCUGCCAUGCACAGAAAAUACACCCAUUUUGAUUUAUUUCCACUGUGAUAUGAGAAUUGAUUAGUCUUC